UGGAGGAACUGGACUAACAUGCACAUCAACCUGAUAGAUCACCUUUGGGAUGAAUUAGAGCGGAGAUUGUGAGCCAGACCUUCUCGUCCAACAUCAGUGUCUGACCUCACAUAUGAGCUCUUAGAGGAAUAGUCAAAAAUUCCCAUAAACACACUCCUAACCCUUGUGGACAGCCUUCCCAGAAGAGUGGAAGCUGCUGAUUAUAUUAUUGUGCCUGUAAAGGCAGAUGCAGAAGUCCCAAAACUUUUGGCAAUAUAGUGUGCAUUUUCUUGUUCAUGCAAAAACAUUCAUGUAAAGCUUAAAACUGAGUGUUAAUAUUGGACAGUAGAGGGCAGCGUGGGGGUAAAAUGAUCUGGACAAAAAUCAGAAGAAGAAGAAGAGCGGAAAAACUCUCUUGCACAGAGCAACACAUCAGAUUAAAGUUAAAUCUUAAAGGAUACUGAUACUCCUACAUCGCAAAUAGUGAAUAGACAUGGAUGAACUCAGCUAGAGAUUCAAGAAGACUGAAGUGACAUGCGGUUAUAAUGAGAGUGUUAGUGCAGCGUUUUGGUGGCCGCUCACGCCUUCUAGUCCAGACUUUACUCACAGGAGGAGUGACCAGAGCUCACAAAGUGUUCCUCAGGCAGAGAGCCGCGGACCCUCACUGCCCCUUAUCUGCUUUAUUGGAGACAUUUUGUCAGGAUGAAGUGUGCAUGGAUGAAGAAACUCAUACUCUCACUACGUAAGUAAGCGUCGACUUUGAGUUCACAACUUUCCAAUCACAAGAAAAAAAAAAACACUGAGACAGUGCUAGCCAGUGUUGCCAACUGUUUUAUGAAGAAAGGACACCCCUCCAAAUCAUUGAAUUCAGGUGUUGAUUUUCAGGGGUUGGUCUUGGCCCCUUAGUUCCAGUGAAAGGAACUCUUAAUGCUUCAGCAUACCAAGACAUUCUGGAAAAUUUCAUUCUCCUAACUUUAUGGGAAAAGUUUGAGGAUGACCCCUUCCUGUUCCAACAUGACUGCACACCAGUGCACAAAGCAAGGUCCAUAAAGACAUGGAUGAGUGAGUUUGGUGUGGAGGAACUGGACUAACAUGCACAUCAACCUGAUAGAUCACCUUUGGGAUGAAUUAGAGCGGAGAUUGUGAGCCAGACCUUCUCGUCCAACAUCAGUGUCUGACCUCACAUAUGAGCUCUUAGAGGAAUAGUCAAAAAUUCCCAUAAACACACUCCUAACCCUUGUGGACAGCCUUCCCAGAAGAGUGGAAGCUGCUGAUUAUAUUAUUGUGCCUGUAAAGGCAGAUGCAGAAGUCCCAAAACUUUUGGCAAUAUAGUGUGCAUUUUCUUGUUCAUGCAAAAACAUUCAUGUAAAGCUUAAAACUGAGUGUUAAUAUUGGACAGUAGAGGGCAGCGUGGGGGUAAAAUGAUCUGGACAAAAAUCAGAAGAAGAAGAAGAGCGGAAAAACUCUCUUGCACAGAGCAACACAUCAGAUUAAAGUUAAAUCUUAAAGGAUACUGAUACUCCUACAUCGCAAAUAGUGAAUAGACAUGGAUGAACUCAGCUAGAGAUUCAAGAAGACUGAAGUGACAUGCGGUUAUAAUGAGAGUGUUAGUGCAGCGUUUUGGUGGCCGCUCACGCCUUCUAGUCCAGACUUUACUCACAGGAGGAGUGACCAGAGCUCACAAAGUGUUCCUCAGGCAGAGAGCCGCGGACCCUCACUGCCCCUUAUCUGCUUUAUUGGAGACAUUUUGUCAGGAUGAAGUGUGCAUGGAUGAAGAAACUCAUACUCUCACUACUAAGCCACUGGUCUCCCUGUUUCCUGCUACGUUUAAGCAUGACCUGCUGUGUUUUCUGCAUCUUCUGCACCCCGGCUUACCACGAGAGAGUGUACUCUCUCUGCUCCGCUGCCUGUCACAGGAGGCUGACAAAAAUCCGUGGAUUUGUGCCUUAAUCUGUCAGCUUUACAAAGAUAUUGGGGUUGAGGAGUUUAGAAAAGACACACUCCUCACAUCAGAAUGUGUCCUGAGCCUGAAAGACCUCUGUGAUCGGUUCAAAGAUUUUCGGGAAAAACGAGGGUGGGAUCUCUGUCUCAGUGAACAUAGGACUGAUGAACUGUCUACAGAUUGUCAGAUAGAUGCAGGUCUCAAGAAGAGGAAGAGUGAGAUCCCAGAGCUUCAGAUGGAUUCAGAUGAUAAACCAGAGAGCAAAAGGAGAAAGAUUGACCUUGCAGCCCAAGGUGGUCCUGAAGACGGACAGGUGGCUGUGGGUCAGGAAGAAUCGGAUGAAAAAACAACGCAGAUUGAUAACGAGCUGGAAGGAGAUCCUUCAGCAACAGGAUCAGUGCCAGAAGAACAUGUCUUACCAGAUCAUAUAAAGGCAGCUGUUCCUUUGAUAAAAGAAUUAUUGGACUCUGGAACAGAGUGGGAUCAAAACUGUGUGCCUUCACUUAAAGUGCUGCAUGAAUGUGAUGCAAAUCAGCUGGAGGUGUUUUGUGCAAUGUUGUGUUUGCCUGAAGCACCUGAGCAGAGUUUACCACAUUUCUGUAGCAGCGUGCUGACUCUGACUCAAGACCUCAGCCACAGCACAGCCUCAGUUAUCAUCAAGAACCUUUUACUCGGCAAGGUUCGUUCCCUCACUGAGCCACCCUCCCGCUGUCUGGUCACAGCCGUAACAUCUCUGUGCACCCGUUACCCAAGGCCGACCUGCCAGGCUCUGAUAGAACCACUCAUAAAGGAAGGACAAACAGGCAGUGCCCAGGCUGAGCUGCUCUGUCGGCUGGUGAAAGACUGCCUCGAACCCCAUCACAGGCUUCUUGUAUUUCAGAUGACACUUGUGGGUUCCUGGAAUGAGGGUGUGUUGUCAGUCAUCCAUGACUUGCUGGAUUUGAAGAUUGAGCUGAGUGAAGAGAUUUUUUCUGAGUUCACCAAUCAACUAAGCAGUCAGUCUCCACACUUCGCCAAAUCUAUGAAGUUCGCUAAAAUGGUGCUCACUGUCCUGACGAAGUUCCAGUCUCGUGUGACUCCUGCGUGUCAGCACACACUGUCCAGCUGUAUUUCAUUUAAUGAGACAUUCCUGAAGAAGUCCCUCCAAGCUGCUUUAAAACGCAUUUGUCAUUAAUGUAAAUUAAAUAUAGUUUUGUUAAAUAAUAAAGAGAUUUUAUAUAUAAAUGUAACAAGCGUGAAUGUUUUAACAUGUUUGCCGUAUUUCAUAAUG